GUCCGGGUUCCGUAGCGACGGGGGACGCCAUGCGCGGGUCCUGGGCCUUGCUGAUGGUCCUGUUGCCGGCGCGCCUGGUCGCCUGUGGCCCCGGCGCCGCGCCCAGACCCGCCGCCGCUGAGCACGUCGCAGAGGCCACGCGUCAGGCUGCUUCCCGAGGCGAGGAGCGCUCCCUCUCCGGCAGCUUCCCCGCUCGCCGCUUGCCGGCCGGCGCCUGCGGCCUGCACGACUUCGGGGCCGUCGCCUCGUUCCGCUGCUCCGGCGGCAGCAGGUCUGUGAGUCAAGUGUGUGUGGAAAACUCCCUCUUGUUCAGAAGCAACACCCCUUAUCCUGCUGACACUGUUGCUGUCCCUGGUGGACGCGAGCUGCUGUUCUGCAUUCACAUGGAUGGCUCAAUGCUCAACUAUUUUCAGCAGCCACAGGAUAUAAAAGAACCUGAUUUUCUAAAGUUCUUACAGAAGUAUGGCAGCCACUCUUUCUUAGCAUCAUCCCAAGUCCAACCAUCAUUCCCUGCCUUUUACCGGGCUGGUGAUCCAAUCUUAAUCUACUUUGACUCCUCAUCUGUACUGAGCACGCUUAGGCAGCCAGGAGCCAUGGGAGCCAGUGGACUCUGUGUUGAUAGAAAUCCAGCUGGCUUCCUGGACAGUAAAAGCACAAGCUGUACUCGGAUUUUCACCAACUUGAGCAAGAGCUGCGUUGCUGACCCUGCCUUAGAUGCUGCCUCAUACUACCGUGACUUUGUGGUGCUAAAGGCCCCAGUUGCUGGCACCAUUGUGCAGUCCAUGAAGGUGAAGGUCACCGCAGUCGCACCACCGGCAGCUCCCUACAUGGAAGCCAACACAUGUAACAAUGUUGUUUCUGAGGUGAUCUAUAGGAUAGAAUUCAGUGGCACACAUGGAAUUCAGAAUGUUUCUGUCCAGUUCAAAGUCAGCAACAUCUCUGAGAACUCGGGGUCCUCUCUGCAGCAGCACUUCACUUUGCACUUCUGGACCAGGGCUGCUCCUCAUCUGUUGCCUAGAAGCGGAAACCCUGGCUACAUCACUGGUGCACCACUGUUGAUUGCAAACGGUGGUGCCAUGCAGCAUAUGAGCAUUUUACAGAGUGAAGGUGAUGGAAGUUGCUCACAGUUCCUCAGACACACAGUCCAGUUUGGAAGAAAUAUGAGGACAGGCUGCAAACUCGGCCUAUCUCCAGCACUGGAAGAAGGCAACUGCAGUUCCAUCCAGCAAGAGUUGUACAAGGCUCUUCAGGGGAUGAGUAGAGCAGAGGACCUUGCCAUAACUGGCCAUGCUCAGUCAACCCAGGCAGAAGAGUGGACAACCAUUCUGAUUCAGAACUGCAGUGUGCAGGCUGCAAAUUGCACUUCCUGCUGCAUGGUUCCUGUGACCCUGGAGAUACAGAUAUUAUGGGCUAAGGUGGGCUUCCUGUCCAACCCUCAAGCUCAAAUACUGGGUGCACGGUACUUCUAUCAUUGUCAGCCCCUGAAGUUCCUAAGUACCAGCAUGGUACCUUUGACAACCAUUGUGGCCUUCACCGACAUGACGGCGUGGCCAGAACCACCACGAAACCAGCCCCAAAUGCACUGGAAGCUCCCAUUUGACAUCUUUUUCCCAUUCAAGGUGGCACUUAAUUUGGAACAAAGUUAUAGAGAUUAUCUGGCUGGAUAUUUUUUGUUGAUUCUAAUAGUAUCCAGUAUUCUCUGCUUUUGAAAAGUCAGACAGAACUUGUACUUGAAGUUUGAUAUACAAUUGAAAUUGAGUGGCACGUCAAAAGAGAGUUGUCAACAGUCCUAAAGUAAAGAAAACAACAACAAAAGGCACAAUUGCUUUAAGAAGAAUUUGUGUUAUCUAUUGUGAGACAGAAGCUUUCUGCAACUUCUGGGUCAGCCUCUGGGACCAGAAUAUGUAAAGAGUGGGAAAAAAUGAACCGAAAAAAGCGAGGAGGAGAUACCCUGAGCGACACAAGCCCAUGACCCAGCUGGAGCACGGAGCGCGGCCCCUAUGCUGUCCCGCCCCCAGCAGCAGCGCGGCUCGGAGGCAGCGGCCGGCACCGCGCCGGAUCGCCGCGCAGCGCCUGUCCUGCCGCAGGCCUCCCCGCAGGGGGCGUGCGCUCUCGUGGGGCUCGGCCUGGGGCUCACCCUGCCGCGCUGCCGGCGACCACAGAUGGAGCGGCUGCCACGGGCGGCGCGCCCUGCCGGCCGCCGGGGCUGACGGACCUCCGUUCCCCGCCGUAGGUCGUCACUUGUGUCCGGGGUCGGGGGAGCUGCCUGCGGCAGAGUGGCAAAGGCCGGUCCCACUGCCUCGGCAAGGCGCAGAGGCGGCCGGGUUUGACGAGUCGCAUCGUGGGCGGCUGCCCCGUUCCUGCUGGCUCCCCGGCUUCUUUAUUUGUGCCAGCAGCGGAACGACGUCUCCAGGGGAAGAAACAAAAGUGAGGUCAGCCUUAAACCUGUGGAGGUAGGGAGGCACCGCACCCGGAGUCGCUGCCACGCUGCCCGGACGCUCCCUUUUCUGGGCCUCGCAAGCAUUCCAGAGCCUUGUGGAGGUCGGUUCAAAUUUUCGCGGCGGUUCCAGAGCAUUGCUACUGCGUGGAGUCACUGACAGUGGAAUGGUGGUGUGGACCCCUGCAAGCACCAGACUACUCCAUUAGACCUGCUCAGUCUCAUUAUUCUGGAGCUUUGUGACAGCAAAGCUAUUGCCUCUCUUGAUAGUUCUUUUUCCUUGCUUGCCUCUUGUGUCUACUUAGAUUUCUUCAUGCCAAAAGAAAAUUUUAAACUCUAUUGACACUUGCUUAGUUAUUACCUAGGUUUUGACCUGACUUGUGAUGAUAAGGCUAUGUUGUUCUCUUGGUGUUUCUUCACAGGAGAUAUAACAGGGUUCCUUUUUUAAGGAAACCUGAUAGCUCUCUGAGAGAAGUAAUAAAGUUGUAGAUAAAGGAGACUUAAGGAGCAAAGCUUACACUUUUCCAAAAGCCUUUGGCAAAUGUCUCUUAAAGUUAAGAACAGUUUUAUUUUCUUAAAUGCUGCUAUAAAUGCCUUAUACCUGUGCUGCCUCUGCCAUAAAAGAUGAAUGCUUGUGCUUGCCUUCUCAGAUUUGCACUCGACUCUGAGAAGCAGUUUAUAAAGGGUAAAACAAAAAAAAGUUAUCUUUCCUGUUUUGUAAUAAAUUCAGUAACUUUAGAAA